CCGGACACAUACAAGGAGUUUGAGCAUCAGAGGUGCGCUGAUACCUUUAGGAAAAGAAAUAUAUACCUGAAGUGGCUGUAGAAUGGCUAAGUUAUACAAGAAAACCUCUGGGAAUGGCACACUCACCCUUUACCUGGGAAAGAGAGACUACGUCGACCAUGUUCAGAAUGUGGACCCUAUCGAGGGAGUGGUGAAACUUGAUCCUGCAGGCCUUGCAGGCAGGAAAGUGUUUGUGAAGCUGGCGUGUGCCUUCCAUUACGGCCGUGAGGACCUGGAUGUCAUUGGACUGUCCUUUAGGAAAGACAUCUGGGUCAAACACAUCCAGUUGUACCCUGAUGCUGGCCACAAACCCAACCUCACUCCCAUGCACGUUUGCCUGCUCAAGAAGGCGGGAGAGCAAGGCCGUGCCUUCACUUUCGAUAUUGCCACAAACCUUCCCUGCUCUGUCACACUCCAGCCAGGACCAGAUAAUGCUGGAAAGGCUUGCGGUGUGGACUUUGAAGUCAAGACGUACAUUGCAACUGAGGCAGACCCCGAAGAGAAACUUGAUAGGAAGGACACUGCUCGCAUGGCCGUCCGUAAGAUCCAGUUUGCCCCAGACGCGACUGGUGCUCCUGGGCCCAGGGCCGACAUCUGCAAGAGCUUCAUGAUGUCGGACAAGCCUGUCCACCUACAGGCCUCGCUGGAAAAGGAGAUCUACUAUCAUGGAGAUCCGAUCGACGUCAACAUCAAAGUCAAAAAUGAAACCUCCAGAACAGUGACAAAAAUCAAAAUCAUAGUUGAGCAGACUACAGACGUGGUUCUCUACUCCGCAGACAAAUACACCAAAACCGUACUUUCUCAAGACUUUGGAGAGACAAUAGAUGCCAAUAGCACAUUCAAUAAAUCCCUUGCCAUCACCCCCCUACUGGCCGAAAACAAGAAGAAGCGUGGCCUGGCGCUGGAAGGCAGACUGAAGGACGAGGACACGAACCUGGCCUCCAACACUAUUAUUAGAGCCGGUAUGGAUAAGGAAGUGUUGGGAAUCUUGGUCUCCUACAAAAUCAAGGUCAACUUGAUGGUGUCUUCAGGAGGCUUGUUGGGAGGUCUCACAGCCAGUGACAUACAGGUGGAGCUCCCGCUGAUUCUCAUGCAUCCCAAACCCCAAGAAGGGAAGUUACCCUUGAGGUUGAGUAAAUUCCCUCAGCAGUAGAGAAAAGAAAGAGGGACUGCAAAGACGAAUGGAGCAACACCGUUGACAGCUGCUCAGAUUGAGACUGACAAACAAACCAAAGAAGAAACAGGAAUACCUCAUAAGAAGAACCAUCCAUCAAAAACACACGAUAUUGAUUUAUUUGACUAUUACAGACAUGUCUUCAGUUGUGGUUUUGUGAGCUUGUACUGUAUGUUGAUAUCCAGCCAUGCAUCUGAAUCAUAUCGCUUUACCAUUCACUUAGUACUUCCCACAUAAAUCCAUGGGGGGGAGUCAACGAUCACAUCCAACCAGUGGCGACGCGUCAUUCAGGGCAGCUGAGAACGUUUUGAACCAGUUUUUUUUUUGUUAGCCUGUUUUGCAUGUUAUUUUGGCAUUCAUACGUGUCACAUAUCAGUUUGCAAAUAAUGUAAAACAUGGUAUUUUUUUGCUUUCUUGAGCAAGGCAGCUCCAAUAUGCAGGUGUUUCAGCCUAGCUCCGUACUUUUUAUGGUGGUGGGGCAGCCAGUGGAAAAUAUGAAGCGUAGGAUUUGUUCUCGAGUUGCGCCGGGAUUGCCUCAGUGUUCUGUCACUCAUGGGGACACUAUGUCACUGAAAAAUCUACGGGUGGAGCUUGAAAUUUCAAUCCCCUUGAGUGCUGCCAUAGACUUAUAUUAGAAGUGCCCAUCCAAGAAGGCUCAAGGUCAUUUGCCACAGAUAAAAUUACGUUAAAUCACAUUAUAUCUACCGUAGCUUUGAUUGGACUGAUCAUGUGAACAUCAUACUUUCAAAAUCUUAGCUAGCAAGCUAGACAAGCAGUCAUCAUCAUGCAUCAAGUCGGUAAUCUACUGCCAAAUCCUUUUCAAUCAUUGAAGAGAAAUUACAGAUAAAACGUAUCGGUGCUCAUCGGCUAUUGGACAUUACACAACAAGUUGGAAAUCGCAAAUUCAACAAUGAGUGCUCACUGCAGCCCCGGGUUCGAUCCCAGGUUGUGUCACAGCUGGCUGUGGCCGGGAGACCCAUAAGGCGGCACACAAUUGGCCCAGCGUCAUCCGGGUUAGGGGAGGGUUUGGUCGGCAGCAAUGUCCUUGUCUUAUCGUGCUGUAGCAACUCCUUGUGGUGGGCCGGGUGCCUGCAAGCUGACUUCGGUCAUCAGUUUGACAGUGUUUCCUCCGACACAUUGGUGCGGCUUGCUUCCGAGUUAAGUGAGCAGUGUUUCAAGAAGCAUUGCGGCUUGGCUCUCAACCUUCGCCAAGUCCAUAGGGGAGUUACAGAGAUGAGACAAGGUCGUAACUACCAAUUGGAUAUCAUGGAAAAAGGGGGAAAUGUUAGACUUCAGUGAGUUCAAGACGACUGGGAACUCUGAUAAAACCAGCUCUGACUGGGAAAUACAGAAAACAAGUUUGAAUGGUCAUCCAACUCGGAAUUCCAAGUCGGAAUUUCGGGCCUCUUUCUAGAGCCCACAAGAAAGACUGCCGCGCCACCUUCCUGUUCAAGUGAGCACAGCACAACAAGGUGAGUCCAAAAAUGUAUUUUAUGCUGCUACAUAAAUUAUGUAAUAAGCCAGGGAGAUAUGUAUACUGUAGCCAAGAAAGUAAUAUUAAGUGUACAGUAUGUUGUGUAGAAAGCUGGUAGUUUCCCAUGUGCCUCACCCUAAAAAUGUGGUCCCUUUCCUCCUUCAUAACCUAGCCUACUGUUAUGACUUGAUGGUGCACAUGUAGCCUAUAGCCUGUUUUAGAGAAAUGUCAUCAUCAAAUAUUGUAAGAGCUUUCAUUGUCUGCUUUAUAUGCCCCCUUUAUUUAUCCUAUGGUUCUGACUUGGUGUACAGGGAGAAUACUGUAAGAAUUAUGUCACUGUACAUUUGCUUAACAAAUAGUUACAUUGUUUUUUGAAAAGGCAGUAAAUGAGGCUGAAUUACCUGUUUUGUUGCCAGACAAACCUCCACUGAUAGCCAGGUGUAACUGUGGUAAGGAUUCACUCCAGGGUGCUGAUAAGAAAGCUCUGCUUUAUGCAGUCCAUAAAAGUUUGUGGGCACCAUUUGUCACCGAUAUAGUGCAAUGAAUGUAUUGUUCAGUGUUGUGGCUUUGCUUGCAUGCAUAAUUAUAUAUAUUUUUGGGCCCCAACAAGAUUGACAUGCUAAAAUUGCCACUUCAUCUAACAUACAGGGGGGUUCAUUGGUUUGUCAAUAAAAUCCUACUCAUUAACUUCUCCAACCGACAUGGUGUCCGGUAGUUUAUCAUGUUCAAAGAAUUGUGUUUUUCUGUGAGAUGUAUGUUUUUGGCUGAUAAGUAAUUGAACCAAAUAAAAACACCACAU